ACAAUACCUUCCACUGGAAUCAAAGUACAGCGUCAGGGGGAGUUUUAUUGGCUUCAUUAUCAAACCAUGUGAUUACACAGAUUUUGGUCGCUGCUCGAUACUACCUGAAGGAAUCAAGCAUCCAGCUACAGAGGGGAGGCAAACAAGUUGAGCGGAAAGAUGUGGAGUGUAGGGCUUCUACUUCUGACCGCCAUUUCGUCAGCCCGUGCUCAGACAUGCCCGGAUGGCUGGUUGUCAUACCGGCAGUCCUGCUACCUCAUAGUCGGCACCAGUAAGACCUGGCACCAGGCUAGACGAGAGUGUCAAACAUUACAGGCUGACCUUGCAAGUCUGGCGACUGGCUUGGAACAGGUUUGGAUGGGCCUCCAGAUACCAAAUAUUAACGGCCACUGGAUCGGACUUCACGACAUUCCACAGGAGGGCAGCUGGCAGUGGGCUGACGGAACGCCGUACAGCUCUACCGUAACGAGCUGGAAUGUAGGUGAACCUAACAAUGUUGGAGACGAGGAUUGUGUGGAGGUGUUGCAGGGGGGAGGGUGGAACGACCAUUCCUGUAGUGUGAGCCGACCGUACAUCUGUGAGAGAUCUGUGGGUGUUACUGACGAGUGUGACACAGCCAGUGGCUAUGAGAAGAACGGUGCUCGCUGCUACCGACUGGGUGAUGAUUCAGUCACGUGGUUAGACGCACGUGCACACUGCAGGAGAGAAGGGGGUGACGUCAUAUCUGUCUACAACAUGACAGAUCACAUCUAUGUAGCCACUAAAGUGCGACUUCUGAAUGAACCUGUCUGGAUAGGACUGUCUGAUGUGGACUCUCCCUCGGUAUUACACUGGAGUAAUCCAGCUGAUACUUUUGACUUCUCCUACUGGCAGCCUGGUGAGCCCGUGGGCAAUUGGUCGUGGCCAGGUGCCACCUGUGUGGAAGUGAUAGGGAGUGGACGGUCAGCAUACUGGACUGGUAUCAGAUGUGGAAACGAGAGGAAAUACAUAUGUGAAAAGGGGCUAUAUGGCACCUGUCCAGCAGGCUGGUUGACCAAUGAGAGAAGUUGUUAUCAGUUCAAUACAAACCAUCAAACACAGUGGCUGGAGGCCAAACUAAACUGCGAAGCAGUGGGAGCCCAGCUCAUCACCAUUUCCAGCCAAGCGGAACAGGAUUUCAUCAACACAAUGUCCCCAUCCUUACAAGCAGGCGGAACAAACUAUUUAUGGACUGGCUUAUCUGAUUAUGUAGAUGACGGAGUGUUCCACUGGCCGGACGAUGACGUCACCUAUACCAACUGGUUACCUAGCAACCCGAGAAAGGACUUGGUAACAGGAGAAUGUAACAAGCCCCUUGGAAUGGAGUCCUAUGCCAUUGCUGAUGCUCAGCUGAAUGCAUCUGCCGCCCUGGAUGUGGACCAUCGCCCUCAGCGAGCACGACUCAAUGCCAGAAACGAUGCCAAUGGGGGCGGGGGAUGGGCAGCAGCAUUGAGUGAUGUCAACGAAUGGCUGGAGAUUGACUUGCUGUAUUCAACCAAAGUGACUGGCCUAGUGACCCAGGGCACGUUUGACCUACUACGUUGGGUGACCACAUAUGAAGUGAUGUAUAGCCUGGAUAGACACUCUUGGGAGAUCAUUACGGAAAACAAUGGACCGCCAAAGAUAUUUCAAGGAAACACUGACCAAAAUACUGAGGUCCACACCUACCUGGAUACGCCUAUUGUCACGCGGUUUGUCCGCAUCUGGCCGAAGACUUGGCACAACGGCAUCGGACUAAGGUUGGAGCUUCUUGGAUGUAACUCAAGGCAAAGCAAGAGCUGCCCGUCUGGAUGGACACUACAUCCAAUUUUUAGUUCCUGCUACCUGUUCGUGAACCAAGAGGAGACAUGGGACAAGGCGCAGACAGAGUGCGACCAGAAGAACGCAACUCUGACCAGUGUGACGUCUGCAGAGGAGCAGGAUUUCAUUCUGAGUCACGUCAACAGAAACUUGAAUAUUGGUUUCAAUGACAAGGCAACAGAGGGAACAUUUACAUGGCUGGAUGGAUUGUCCACUACAUUUGUAAACUGGGAACCAGGAGAGCCCAGCAAUGCCGGGGGUAAUGAGGACUGUACUGAGAUUGUUUACGACACAGGACUGUGGAACGACGUCCCGUGUGGUCAGGUCUGGUCCACACGUGCAUAUGUCUGUAAAAGGCCUGCAGAUGAUGUGUCUCUGCUGCCAACAGCACUACCCACUAUAGCAUGGAAUAGUGGUAAGUGUCCUGUUGGCUGGAAAGAGGAUCCAAUGGGAGACUUCUGCUACCAGAUCAACAGCGCCUCCUUCCUGACCUGGCGUGAAGCACAGGCAAUGUGCGGACAAAGAGGAGGAGACCUUCUCAGCAUCACGACUCCACAUGAGCAGUUCUACAUUACAGGACUCUUGUCUUCUGUCACUGGAAUUGCGUCUUUGUGGAUCGGAGCCAACAGCCUGGGAACACAAAGCGGAUGGAAGUGGAGUGAUGGAAGUGCAUUUGUUUACUUCAAUUGGGCUUCUGGCCCUGAUGGUGACAGCACUAACAACUGUGUGGAGGCUGUAACCAGUAACGGCCGCUGGAAUGAUGUAAGCUGUGAUGAGAAUCGAGGUUACAUCUGUAAAACUCGCCAGACACCCACUGUGCCCACACCGCUGCCGCCACCAGACCAGUUUCUCGUGCACAUCUGUGAGAGGCAAGGCGACACACUCUCCUGUGAUGCGGGGAAGGUUAUUGAAGUAGUGGCAGCCACCUACGGACGGAGAGACCCCAACAUCUGCUCAAACAACCCCAUAUCAAACACAGACUGUGCGGCUGCAGGAGUGAUGCAGAAAGUAAAGACAUCCUGUGAUGGACAGUCGAGCUGCCCUGUAGUGGCCAGUAACAGUGUGUUCGGAGAUCCGUGUUCAGGAGUACAGAAAUACCUGGAGGUGACCUACAACUGUGUAAAUGCUGGAGGUGCAGAUUUGAUUGACUGCUCAACUCGCGCUGAUUCAAGAAACGGUGAAACAAUAACUGUUCGCUGCCCACCUGGCUGUGCUGACACACCGGCAGAGGUUAAAGGGACAGGGGUGUACACUGAUGAUUCCAGUAUUUGCCGAGCAGCAAUUCACGAUGGAAGAAUAACCAAUGAGCAGGGAGGUGACAUCACGGUAAUCAAGGUAGCAGGUCUUCAAUCCUACCAGAGCUCCACGCAGAAUGGCAUCUCUACAUUACCGUAUGGGGACUGGACCGCACACAGCUCAUUUCUCUUCCAAUCUGACGGUGUACUUUCCUGUCCACCUGGAUGGACCAGUUACCAUGACAACUGCUUCUUGACUUCCUCCGACCAGCGCAGUUGGCAGGACGCGUCCUCGGCCUGCAGACAGAUGGGCGGAGACCUGGCCUCCAUCUCUACCGCCACGGAGCAGGCGCUCCUCACGAGUCUUCUGGCAGGAGUGCCUGGCAAUACUUGGAUUGGCUUGAAUGACCGGUCCAUCCACAUGUAUUUCCAAUGGAUAGACGGCUUACAGCCUACCUUCACAGACUGGGACAACAAUCAACCUAAUGACUGGAGUGGGAACACAGAAAACUGUGUGCAAGUCAACAACAAUAAUGGUCACUGGAAUGAUGCUGCCUGUGACCAGCCAGCUAACUACGCGUGCAAGAAACCAAAAGCACUGUCGGCUACUCCUUCUGUGCAACCAACUAUUCCUGGAUGUGAAGAGGGCUGGAUGGCAUACCAGGCGUCCUGCUACAUCGUUAGUGAUGAGGUUGAAACUUGGAGUUCUGCCAGGUCAAAGUGCCAAUCGACUUACUCAGCGGAACUUGCUCAGAUUCAAGACAGAUUUGAACAGGCUUUCCUGGCAAGCAGAGUGAGUGACUCUGAUGCCAGUUUAUGGAUUGGAUUGUCCGGUAUAAUUGACAAUGGCCAGACAACAUUCCAAUGGUCAGACGGAGAGGGUCUCAGCUACACCAACUGGGACAGAAAUCAGCCAGAUUCCUCCCAAGGCAGAUGUGUGUCGAUGCAUACUGGAGAUGGAGCAGGGCUAUGGCAUACCCAGGACUGUGGGGCACCACAGAAAUACAUCUGCGAAAAACAGCGGGUUGGUUUUACAGCACCUCCCCUCCCACCUGCAACAACUCCUGCCCCGAUCUGCCACGCAGGAUGGGUUGGGCUGGAACAAGGAGCAUUCUGUUACCAGUACAAGUCGGGUGUGAAGGCGACCUGGAUGGAGGCUGUAGAUGUUUGCAGGGCACUGGGAGCCAGCCUUUGCAGCAUACACAGUAAUGCUGAAUUAAACUACAUCGCAGGAAACGUGGGGCCAUCUGGGGAAGCAUACUGGAUAGGACUGAACAACAGGGCAACAAACCAAGGGUAUCAAUGGUCGGAUGGCACCCCAGUGGGGUUCACAGACUGGGCGCCAGGAGAACCCAACAAUGUGAAUGGACUUGAAAACUGUGUGGAGAUGUACCAAGAACCAGCAGGAGCAGUGCAAUGGAAUGAUGUCAGCUGCUACUCGCUCAGGGACUAUGUCUGCAAAAUAGCUAAAGGACAAUCACCCAUCGUGCAGCCGACAUCUGCAACAGCACCCCCAGUGGUGACUUGUGAGGACCCAAGCUGGCUGUAUUUCCAAGAUAGUUGUUACCUGUUCGUGGACUACUUCAAUGGCCGGUCUUGGGAUGGAGCACGACAGGACUGCCGGUCAGCUGGGGGUGACCUGGUCUCACUGGGGUCUCCUGAGGAAGCAGGAUUUGUCUUCCAACAGGCAGGGAGACAGUUGGUGUAUGGAACUCGUGCGUGGAUCGGGCUGCGCGAAUAUGGUGUGGAAGGGGUGUACAGCUGGUCUGACCAGACACCGGUGUCUUUCUUUAACUGGGGCCAAGGCGAGCCCAAUGAUCACAAUGGAGAGCAGCAGUGUGGAGCGAUGUAUCUCCACAACGGCCAGUGGGAUGAUGACAACUGUGGAAUGCAGCACAACUACAUCUGCGAGAAGGCAAAUGGCACCAUGACAGCAGCGCCCCCUACAGCCCCCUGGUCAGGCAACUGCAUGAGUGGCUGGUCAUCAUAUGGCAACAAAUGUUUCAAAAUCUUUGACGAGCAGAAGACGUGGACAGCAGCAAGGGAUGUCUGCAGAGGAGUUGGUCCAGGAAUGGACCUGGCUGCGAUUGAAAAUGAAUUUGAGCAAGCUUUUUUGACCACACAGCUGUACGGUAUGUCUGGUAAUCUGUGGAUUGGGCUAUCUCAACGCUCAGAGCCAGGCCAGUUUCUGUGGACAAGUGGUCAUUCAGUCAGCUACACCAACUGGGCAGCUUCAGAGCCGGGGUAUUGGCUGUACUCAGAUGACUCUUGUGUGGAGAUGAGAACAGACUACAAUGACGUUGGUCUCUGGGAUGAUGUAAGCUGUGAUGCUGUACGGGGAUUCAUUUGUCAGGGCUUUAAAGGUAGCUCUUUACCACUCCAAACAACACCAGCUAGCAACUGCCCAUCCGGAUACACUCAGUACUUACAAAGCUGCUACAAAGUCACAGACACCAAAGGAACAUGGGAAGAGGAAAAUGUUGCAUGCCAACUAGAGGGUGGUCAGCUCAGCAGUAUCCUCAAUGUGUACCAGCAGGCUUUUGUCAUGUCCUUGGCUAAAGGCAGAGUCUGGAUUGGUUUAUCAGAUAGUCAGACCCCUCAGCAGUACAGAUGGACGGAUGGCUGGCCAGUGCUAUAUGUUAACUGGGGUGCCAAUGAGCCCAGCAUGGGACCGAGAGAAGGCUGCGUUGCCAUGGAGGAGGGUGGGGCAUGGGAUGACACCACCUGCUCAACGCAGCUUCCCGCUGUCUGCAAGAUAUCUAACACAGGUUAUUUGCAAACGAUAACCUUUCCCUCUCCGCGAAGCGUCAGUAACUACGCCGAGUUGGGGACAACAUUGUCUCAGGACUUAAGACUUUUUACGUUAUGUCUGCAAAUGCGCACCGACAUGAGUUCCAACAGUCAAGCGGGUAUGGUCAGCUACGCUGUUCAACAACAACACAAUGAGCUCCUCAUCUUCAAUCAAGGAGGGAAUGGAUUCACAUUGCACGUACAAGGUAAAACUGCUGCCCUUGGUGACUUGUCUGUUUGGGAUAAUGAGAGGCAUGCAGUAUGUGCCACCUGGCGCAGCACCGAUGGAUCCUGGCAGGUCUACACUGACGGCGUUCUUAAGGCUUCCGGCUCGGGGCUGAACGUAGGAGGAACAGUGCGCAGUGGUGGAACAUGGAUCCUUGCACAGGACCAAGACGCAGUUGGGGGAGCAUUCCAUCCGGAUCAAGCAUUCAGCGGAGAACUGUCACAGGUGAACCUCUGGGACCGCGUGCUGACUCCAGCUGAAAUAGGGACAGACUGGUCAGUCUUCUGUGGUCAACAUGGCAACGUGAUUGACUGGACAACCACGAACAUAAAUGUUUUCGGACUGGCCACCAGCGAUCAAUACCGCUGCUACUUGCCUCCAACGGCUCCUCCCAGCCAUCCGGGACGCUGUCCUGAUCUGACAUGGGUCCUCUGGGGACGGAAAUGCUACUAUGUGGAAUCUGGUACAGACACCAAUAACAGGCGCUCUUGGCCAGAAGCAGAUUAUGAAUGUACAGGGAGAGGUGCUGAGUUGGUGAGCCUCCAUAGCCAGGCAGAAAUUGGACUGUUACAACAGAUGCAGCUUACCUCCAGUGUCUGGAUUGGGUUGUACAAGAACAGUGAUCGUGCCAUAGAGUGGACAGACGGGUCUCCAGUAGACUACACCAACUGGGCAUCUGGAGAACCAAAUGACUUUGAUGGUUCUGGAAGAGAAAACUGCGUAGAAAUGUACGCCGACGGAAGGUGGAAUGACAUCAACUGUUUUGGCAGGCUGGGCUUCGUUUGUGAAACUUCAUUGCAAAUCACCUCCAAUACAGUUGAGCCCCCUGCAACCACCAUACACCUAACAUCUAUUGCUGCAUCAACAACUACACGUUCUUCUUCAACAAUAACAACUGUGAUCACAACUAAGAUGCCUACAACUCACUCCACUCAAACUUCUUCAAGGCCAAUGACUAGUACUCCUGGAGUGACCACGUCAUAUGUGCCCACCACAUGGAAAACAGGAACACCAACCACACCACCUGCUACAAAGCCAAGUACAAACUCCCUACUACAAACAUCAUCAAAAACAAUGGAUGCAUCAACAGUAGCAAAGCCACCCAGAACAGAAAAUGUAGCCACUGAUGGGCCAAGUCAUAUGACUCCUGCGUCGCAGGAAAAAGAUCCCAGUGCCCAACAUGACCUGGAGACUGGUGCCAUCGUUGCCAUUAUCUUGUCCUGUGUCCUUGUCCUGCUGAUAGCUGCUGCUGUCCCUUUCUUCAUAUAUCGGAGAUGGUCGAGUACAAGAGGAUCAAGGACGGAUGUUCCACAUUCCUUUGGCAAUCUUGUUUAUGACAUGGGGAAUUUGGGAUUAGACAAUGGUGUCGGUAAAAAGGGAGAUGCUGUAGCCAUGGAAAUGGUGUCAACUGGGUAGAAAAACAAGAGUUUAACCUUUUAUAAACUAUCAUACUUUUAUGGAAGUUACUAUGAAGUACGAAACACACACCAACUAAACAGAUAGUUUUAUAGAAUCUGCAUAUAUUUCUGUGUUAGAUCAUAUGUAAUUCGUUUUGAUAACAUUGGUUGGCCAUGAGAACUGCAAUAGAAUGUAUUUGUAGGUGUAGUUACCUAGAAUCGAAUAAAACUCUCCCUUUGUAGGUAGAUCUAGAGUAAAAUAAUUUUUUAUAAUUUUAAUAAUAAUUUAACUUGAAUCGUUUACACUAAAGCUCUAUAUUGUAAUGACAUAGUACCUUGAUAACAGAUUUUUAUCAUUACCAUUGAUUUUGCCUUCUAAAUGCUAAUGAGUGACAAUAGGAACGAUUAACAACAUAUAUAGCCAAAACAUUUUUUUUAUUUCAGAAAGUAAACUUUGCAAUUAGACAGAAAGAGAUUGUCAGAUUGAUAGAAUUUAUAAGAUCUACUUCAUGUAUAUUAACCCGGCUGAAUUUGUAUUGGACUUUCAAAAUCUGGACUUUAUAUGGUUAUCGACCAAAUUCUAAAUGAAGGCAGAAUUAGAUGAUGUUAAUUUCUGUGUGAUUCACUGAUGUAGAAUGGCACAUGUAAGGAGACACAUGUACACCACAGAGAAUGCAAUAAAAGAUGAUGGAAAACAUA